AAGGUUAGAGCUUUAUAGAUUUAUUUUUGUUGCUCGAAUUGUUGGCUGAGUUAGAUGUGAGGUAUUGUAUUGAAAAUUAAAUAGUUUUUGUGGGUUUGUUUCUUGCGUGAUAAAUCUUAAUCCUUGAUUUACAUAUAUGUUAUAGUCGGUUGGGCGGAUCUUUUUGGUGACUUGAUCAAUGGGCUUAUAUGGGAUUUUGAGUUUCUGGGUUGUUUAUGAAAUCCUGGUUUCAUGUUUUUGAUCCAAAUUUUUUCUUUUUAUUAAAAGAAGUAGUUUAAGGGUUCCUAUCAAUUGGGAUACUAUUUCUCUUUAUAUAAUAUGUACAGAUGAUGAUGCAUUGAAAGCUCUGGUUUAAAGGCUUUUAAUUGUUGAGUUAUAUGUAGUUUGCUGAAUUGGAAAAGAAAGAAACUGUAUUUGAUCAAAUGGGCUCAUCUGGGUUUUCCUUGAUAUGUAUGCUUCAUUCUUUAAUAGCUUUAACUUGCGGGGCUCUGAUGGUGUUUUACACAAAUGAGGUGUAUGUGUUUGGUCAUGGGGUUGAAGUAGCUACAAAGCUUAAAGGAUCAACACCUCAUGACCAACUCUUGAUCCAAACUUCUGAAUCUUUUUCUGGGUUGCUCUUGUUUGCAAUUGGUUUCUUAUUAUUUAUGGUGGCAUUUGUUAAGGAUAGAGAAUUCCAAAGUUUCUUUGCGAAGGGUUGUAUAUUGCUUCAUGUUUCAGUAGCGUUUUGGAGAGUUUACUUUGAGUGGAUGCUUGAAGAUUUGGCUAAUGAUUUGCCUAGGCAAGUUGUGGGUGAUAUUGCAUUAGCUCUUUCUUGGGUCUUCUUUCUUGUUUACUCAUGGAGAGAGAAGUAUGAUUAGCUGCAAUACUAAUUCUUUGUAUCAAUGGGAAAAGGCCUUAUUGAACUUGGUCAGGCUUUAGGGCUUUUAUUGAAUAAAUUUUUAGCUGGAUUUGGUGUAACAAGCUGGGUUUUCUCAGGUGGAAAUUUCUGGCUUUUUGGUGGAGAUUAGAUUGUAGAUUGUGAAUUUGGAGCUAAAGAAACUUAAAGGCGAAGCAUAGAUGAGAUUCUGGAUUUUAGCUGUGAAAUCUAGCUUAGGAUCUUGAAAAUGCUUCAAUUCUAAGAAAGUGAAGAUGGGAUUUGCUCUUUGCAUAUUAGCUUUAAAUUAAUAAAUAACAUCAUGUGCUGAACUUCCCUGUAAAUCGGUUGUAUACAUGUAUAUUUGAAGAUGAGAAAUGUGAAUUGCAGAAAUGCACUUA